AUUAAAUAUUAUUUUUAAUUGAAUCCUAAUUUGAGAUCAAUUUAUAUUAAUUUGAUAUAUUCUUUUUUAUACUUGACGCGCGUUCUUUUUAACGUCGUCUAGGUGCGGGAACAUCGCGUUCCCGCUGUGGUGAUUUACCACGUGUUUCGGCGACCUUGAACUCUCUUUGCUCACUUGAACGAAGGUGAAUGCCCUAAGCACCUGCACUCUUCGGUUUGUAAACGUGCGUCCCUAUGGAUAAAAGUCUGAUCCGCGUGCGCGUUUCUAGAGUUUAAAGUGAGAGUUUCAUUACUACUCGAGAGAUUCACUUGCAGGAGAUUGAUACGUAAAAAAUCGGAAAGAUGACGGGAGACUGGAGGACCAUUUUCGUAACCGGGGGCGCCGGUUACAUCGGCAGUCACUGCAUCGUCGAGCUCCUGGAGUGCGGCUACGACGUGGUGGCUAUAGACAACUUCGCAAAUAGCGUGACGGAAACCGACGGCGAGUCCGCGGCGCUCAAAAGGGUCGAGCAAAUAACAGGGAAGAAAGUCACGUUUUACAACUGCGAUCUGCUCGACAGAGAGAAGCUCGAGACCGUCUUUAACCAGCAUAAAAUAGAUUGCGUGAUACAUUUCGCGGCUAUCAAAGCAGUCGGCGAGUCGAUGCAAGUUCCGCUGCAUUACUAUCGCAACAAUAUAAUAGGAGCUAUCAAUCUGCUCGAGGUGAUGAAAGUGGCCGGCUGCUUUCAGCUUGUAUUCAGUAGCUCGUGUACGGUUUACGGCGAGCCGACAGAACUGCCCAUUACGGAAAAACACGAAACCGGUAAUAUCACCAAUGUGUACGGCCGAACGAAGUACUUUAUCGAGGAGAUGCUCAAGGACAUAUCCAGAGCUGAAAAGAGUUGGAACAUCGUGUCCUUACGAUACUUCAAUCCGGUGGGUGCUCACCGAUCGGGACUGAUCGGGGAGGAUCCGACGAAGCCGUUCACAAAUCUGAUGCCGUAUAUCGCUCAAGUCGCUUUAAGGCACAAGCCGGAGCUGAUCAUAUUCGGCGGUGAUUACCCUACGGAGGAUGGAACCGGCGUCCGCGAUUACAUUCACGUUAUGGACUUGGCAGCCGGCCACGUGGCGGCAUUAAAUGCUCUGCACAAACAGCACCUCAGGCUAAAAAUUUACAACUUAGGCACCGGCAACGGCGUGACUGUGUUGGAAUUGAUAAAAACAUUCGAGAAGAUCACCGGCACCACUGUGCCGUACGUUAUAAAGGAGAGACGAGAGGGCGACAUUGUGUCCAUGUACGCUAAUACGGAUCUGGCGAAAAAGGAGCUGGGCUGGACAGCGAAGUAUAACGUCGAGCAAAUGUGUCAGGACUUCUGGAGGUGGCAAAAGAUGAAUCCUUACGGUUACCGAGUUUCAUUAAAGAACGGAACUACCGAACAUUUGAACAGUACAUCGUAACGACAAAUUGUAUCGAGGAAAUUGCAUGCAAAUAAUUUAUAAUAAAGGAUCGAUACGCGUGGUCUUACAA